AUGGCAAAUUUACAUUUGAACUAUUCAGUUGAUUAUGAUGUUAAAGACCUACUUGAAGAUCUCAUCGAUCAAAUUCAUCUUAUGAAUACACUUUGUGAAAAUAUAUCAAUUAAACUUGAGCCACGUCAUCAUAAAAAGUUUAGAAAAAUAAAAAAUCAAUCUAUUACAAGAAAAAAAAAACAACGUCGAAUUUUUUCAAGUUCUGAAGAUGAUAGUACAUCAUCAUCCGAUGAUUCGUUUCUAUCUGAAGAGAACAAUACACUUCUCAAUGAAGAUUCAGAUGAUGAUGAUGAACAAAAAGCACUUCGUAAUUGUCAUGGUCCACGUACACGUAAUGAAGUUGUUAUUGAUGAACUUCCACCAAUUGAAAAUCUAACAAUUACACUUAGUGAUGAAACGCCUAUUGAAAAACUUGGAUAUGUUCGUCAUAUUGUUGAUGGAAAACUGGUAAUUAUUGAAUCAUUACUUCAUUCACCACCACUUAAUGAUGAUACUGUUCUUUUUAAUCGUGAUCGUCGUUCAAUUGGACUUAUAUUUGAAACAUUUGGACCAGUUGAAAAGCCAUAUUAUUCUAUUCGUUACAAUGAUAUUAAUAGUAUUCAUCAACGUCAAAUAGAAGUAAAUCAAGAAGUUUUUUAUGCACCAAAAGAAACAACAUAUACCAAAUAUGUCUUUGUACAAGAAUUAAGAGCAUUAAAAGGUUCAGAUGCAUCAUGGGAAGAUGAUAAUGAACCACCAAAAUUCGCUAUUGAUUAUAGUGAUGAUGAACAAGAACGUGCAGCUAAAGCAUUACAACGAGGAAAAAGACAUAUAGAAGAAAAUACUGAUGAACAAAUGACCGAUAUUAGAAAUAAUGAUGCUGCUAGUAUUUCUUCAAAUUAUUCGAAUUUCGAACGUGGUCGAGGUCGGGGUCGUAGUCGAGGAUUUCAUCAUGGUACUAAUAAUCGACCUCCACCAAGUUUACCUAAUUGGUUUCAAAAUACUUCUAAUUCAACUUCUUUUCAAUAUCGAUCAACAACAUCACAACAACAACAACAAUCACCUAGACAAAACAACAAUAAUAAUAAUACAGCUGUUUCUUCUUCAUUUUCAUUCUCAAGCACGGCAUAUUCUGGCAAUAAUAAUUCAAGUGUACGACCAACACAACAAUCAUUUCAAGGAAAUAAUUCUACUUAUAGUGUUUUUCCAUGGAUGUAA